AUGCCGUUGAUGGAACAUGGUCGCGCCAUACACGUCCGCAUGAUCACCUUCAUUCUAGAUGGUGCCUUGCUUUUCCUCUGUGGCGUUUUGAUCGUCUGGAGUCAUCUUGCGGUGGUUCCAGCUAGAUGGGGUGAAUCGCUCUUGGAUCUGCUGCUUUUGCAGCUGCUCCUGGUGGGCCCGUGGUUCCUACCGUAUGGAUCCAAGUGGAAUGGAUUUGCCGGUAAUGUGCCUCUCGUCAAUUCGCUGGUAAAGGUGUCGUCUUGCGGUGGUUCCAGUGAGUUGGUGGCUUGCUUUGUUGCAAAAGUCCUCGCUCCUCCUCUGGAUUCUUUCGUCUCAUCUCAGCAACAGACAAGCUAUUACUAG